CGCUCCUCAUUCCUUUUCGGAGGAGGAGUGAGCAUAUCCGUAACAGGGCCUCUUGGCCUGAGGGGAGGGCGCGCAUGCUCAGGAUGGUGACUGCCAAGGUGUGGGUUCUGAAGAAGCAUUUUGAGGGUUUCCCCAAAACCAGUGACUUCAACCUAAAAAAGAUAGAGCUGCCAAACCUAAAGGAUGGAGAGUUGCUGCUUGAAUCAGUGUUUCUCAGUGUUGAUCCUUACAUGAGACCUUACAGUCAAAGGGACAUGAAGGAAGGAGACAUAAUGAUAGGGACACAGGUUGCCAGGAUUGUAGAAAGCAAUAAUCCUGCUUUCACAGUGGGGGCCUUUGUUGUGGCUAGAAGUGGCUGGAGAACUCAUUUCAUCUCUGAUGGGAAAGACCUACAACUCCUUCCUUCCACUUGGCCAGAAUCACUCCCCAAAUCUCUGGCUCUUGGGACGGUUGGCAUGCCAGGCCUCACUGUGUAUUUUGGUCUGCUGGAGGUCUGCAAGAUGAAGCUAGGAGAGACAGUGCUGGUUAAUGCUGCAGUUGGUGCUGUGGGCUCUGUGGUGGGGCAGCUUGCUAAAAUUGGGGGUUGCAAGGUGUUGGUUGGCUGUGCUGGCUCAGAUUACAAGGUUGCCUAUCUGAAAAAAAUAGGCUUUGAUGGAGCCUUUAAUUACAAGACUGUUGUAUAUCUCGAUGAAGCACUGCGGAAAGCCUCUCCUGAUGGCUAUGACUGUUUCUUUGACAACGCGGGUGGAGAAUUUGCCAGUAUUGCUAUCAACCACAUGAAGAAAUAUGGAAGGAUUGCAGUCUGUGGAGCCAUCUCUCAGUACAAUGACUCUGUGCCUCAGAAAGGGCCUUAUGUGCAGGUUCCAAUGAUCUUCAAAGAGCUUCAAAUGGAAGAAUUUAUUGUGACCCAUUGGAAUAACCGCUGGGAGGAAGGUCUGAAGGCCCUGCUAAAAUGGGUCGUGGAGGGAAAAGUGAAAUGCCAUGAACAAGUCACUGAAGGAUUUGGGAACAUGCCAAUGGCAUUCAUUGGAAUGUUAAAGGGAGAAAAUCUUGGAAAAGCCAUUGUGAAAGUCUGAAGGUCACAUAUUCCUGGAGGACUGGCGUAGGAGAAUGUGAUUAAGUGCUUUUAACUCACUGAUUGAAAGGUGUGCUUCGGUCAUUUUGCUGGACAUUUGGUGAUGAUACCUUCCUGUUAAUAAUUGGGCUAAUAAGUGUAAGUAUAUGCCAGUUGCUUUGCUCUUGAAGAACUUGAGAGUUGCUUCCCAAAGCUACACAAAAAAAUGUGCCUUAAAACUGCUGAACUUCAUCAGAACUCUAACAGAUUUAAUAGCAGCUUGAACCUUUCUGCGACUCAACUUGUAGAAAGGAAAAGCAAUUCCAAAAGCUUUGCCACCUGAUCACAUGUCUGAUGACUAAUGUUUACCCAUUGGUUUGGCCCAGAACUCGGCAAAAGGGAUGUUUUUAACCAGUAUCAAGGAGCAAAACACAGGCUAACACCUGGGGGUUCCUAGCUUCCUCAUGGCUGGCUUUUGGGGUUUUUUUACUUUCAUCAGGAAAUGUAGAUAUCUCAGUUAUUCUGAGAUUAUGGAAAGAAAAAAUAAAUCUGUUAAUGGAUA